AUGAAGUAUCCACUCUUCUCCGCCUUCCUUUGUAGUGGAUUCGGUUUCGUCAGUGGACAGACGGGCAGACCGAAUAAUAUAGUAGUCACCAAUGACGACGGGUGGGCAACAGCCCAAAUUCGUGCGCAAUUUGAUGCCCUGGAAGCCGCCGGAUUUAAUCUGAUACUCUCAUGCCCUGCAAUCAAUAGGUCUGGGACAGGAUCUUCGACGGCCCCACCUACCACGCUGACCGCACCUUGCGAAUUCAACACUUGCGCAACAGGCUCUCCACCGGAAGGUUCUGAUCCAGAGGACCCUCGCCUGAAUUAUGUCAAUUCGUUCCCUGUUGAUUCAGUCCGCUUCGGAAUUCAGACUCUGAGCCCGCAGUUUUUUGGGGGGUUGCCCGACUUCGUGGUCAGUGGACCGAAUGUUGGGACAAAUCUCGGCCCAAACAUCAACGGAUCGGGUACAGUUGGCGCCGCGUGCGAGGCAGCCCUUGAAGGAAUACCAUCAGCUGCGUUUUCGGCCUCCACGGCUAGCCAAAUCUCAUUCACCACUCUCACUACCGACCCGGAUUCUGCGCUCUCCAUUAGCGCACGUAUCUAUGCUGAUCUCACCACCACGUUCACGACAACACUGCUUGCCGCUGGGAGACCCGUCCUCCCACCUGGCAUCUCAGUGAAUGUCAACUUCUCGCCCACCCCCAACUGCUUGUCCGCUGGGGCUUUCAGAUUCGUGCCGACACGUAUUGCUGCGAACAACAAUGUGAUAGAUGCACCUGUUUGUGCGACAGAGCAUCUUCCUGCUGAGAGAGGAGUUGUCACCGGCCCAGGAUGCUUCGUUAGUGUCAGCGUGAUGAAUGCUGCAUCCAAGGGUGAUGUAGAUGCCGCAACACAGGCGAUUGUGUUCGAGAAACUGUCUCCCAUUUUGACGUGCUUUUGA